AUGUGUUCACACUGUACUCUUGUCCAGGGUGCAGCUAUCCACUUUGAGUCAGUGGCCAGGAGAGAGAUUGGUGCUUUUACUACUCCCAAAAACAAGAGCCGUUCCAGGCUUAUGACCCCACCGACUUCAGGAAAGGAGCCAGAGAAAAGCUACUCAAGAGUGCCGAUAUCAUACUCCAUCUUGGACUCUUUUGGACACUGUUUUGAGGCCACUGAGCAGCAGCCCAGAAAGAGAGCAGACACCGCAGACAGCAUAAAGAGCACUACAGACUUCUCUGUAUCCAGUUUGGGCAUCGCUGUGCCUCCACCAUCAGUCCCCACUUUGCAAAGCAACACCACUACCGACAACCUGCCUGCCCCUCCCCCUCCUGCCGAUUUGGACCCCAACGUGCAG